CUCCAAAACAAAGGGCUGGCGGCCCGCGGGGCGGCGGCGGGAGGAUGCCUCGCGCCCUGCGGAGGCGACAACGGCCGCAGCGCGUCCCGGGUCGUGCCCGGGCCGCCUGAGAACCGAGCCCGCGCUGACCGAGGCCCGGGCCGGAUGGGCGCUGCGGGCCGGGGCGCGGACCGCCGAGCGGCCGUUGUGACGUUCUCCCGUCGUCCCAGCUGUGUGGACAGUGCCACACGCCGGCGGAACAGCGACGGCGCUCGCGUGCAUGUUCCAGUGCUGCUUCUGCCAGAGAGCCCCCCGGAGCCGCAGUUCUUCCGGCGCCAGCCCUGAGCUGCGCGGCGCGUGCCCAGCAGAGAUGGUGAAGAUGACAAAAUCCAAAACCUUCCAAGCCUACCUGCCAGACUGUCACCGGACGUACAGCUGUGUCCACUGCAGAGCCCACCUGGCCAAUCACGAUGAGCUGAUCUCCAAGUCCUUUCAGGGAAGUCAGGGACGCGCCUACCUCUUCAAUUCCGUGGUGAACGUGGGCUGCGGCCCGGCAGAGGAGAGAGUCCUUCUCACCGGCCUGCACGCCGUCGCAGACAUCUACUGUGAGAACUGCAAAACCACGCUCGGCUGGAAAUACGAACAUGCGUUUGAGAGCAGUCAGAAAUACAAGGAAGGAAAAUUUAUCAUCGAGCUGGCCCACAUGAUCAAAGACAAUGGUUGGGAGUGAAAUGUGGCGUCCCUGUGUUCUUUCGGAUGCCGUUUUGUGAAAGAGACUAAUGUGAUGGAAACAUAAGAGCAUCCUGGAUGACAAUAUUUUCUUGAACUUGAACCUUGCGAGCCGGCCCCUCCUGGCCGUUCCCAUGGGUGAGGCUCCAUCCGGUCUAUGUCCUCUUCAUGUACAUGGUCGUUUCUGAAGGAUUUCUAAUGUCCCAAGUGCUAGAGAAAGAAUUAACCAACUGAGGACGUAGCUGUCUAGUUAAUACCUUCUCUAACCAAUGCCUUUAAGGUGGAGUUCGGCUGUGCUCUCCCGCACGUGAAACCAGACCGGUCUCUGCAGACCACAGGGGCGCGAUCUCCUCAGAGAGCAGGGUCACCACUGUUGUUCAGCAUGAAGGUUUUUUAGUCCACUGUUUUCAUAAUUUGCAAAAUUACAAAUUGGUUACUUUGCUUGCGAAUGAGCUGUUAAGUCAUAGUGUUCGUUUCAGAAUUUUCCAGAAGCAGUUAACAAAUCUAUUGAGUACGUUUGUUUUUCAGCCUUGUUCGGAAACAGAGGGCUCCAUUGAUAGCAUUUUAGAUAAGUUAUAGAGAAAUGUGUCUAAUGGAACGUCUCGUUUAUUUAAGCCAAUAGCUUUCUCAUUUGGAAAGCAACUGAACUAGUCACUAGCAAAGGCUGUUCCAGGGGCCACAGUCCCAGACCCAGGGCUCCCGGGGCUUGCGUGGGAGUCGGGCCCACAGUGGCCAGUCUGUGGAGUAAUAAUAGUUCAACACACUGGACUGAGCGAAUCAGAUUUCCCUUCUACUCUGGUGUACUUGAAGAAAAAUAAUUAUUUUUGCAUAUGAAAGAGGCCAGAACUAACAGGAUAAACUUUCAAACUUUAGAUUUGGUAGAUUGUUUUAAUGUUUUCAGAAAAGGUUAAAGUUGCAAGACAGGUGUAAACUUCGAAAAUGAGAUGUUUGGUUUGCUCGACGGGUCACCCUGCCUGGCCUGCUUCUCUCCCACGGGUGACACAAAAGGGACCUGGGCAGUCUCCCAAGCCCUGACUUCCCGCCCCCCAUUGUGAGUUCCAGUCCACCCGUGCUACUGCGGGGCGUGGGCACGAUGCAGGGGUUUGGGCCCAUCUGCAGAAAAUGGAGGCCAGACAACAUUCCCAAUUAAGUUUUACUUAUUUACUGUUUGAACCUGAAAAGAGCCCAGGGGAGGCAGGGAGAAAGGAGAGUGCCGUCCCGAUGUUUCUCAGCUGUGCGACGGCUCUGAAACUGCCUUCAGGUGAGCCUGGCCCACUGGCAGCGAGCUCGCACCCCUUCCCUGACCGCAGCCUCCCCUGAGCCCAGAGCCAUGGCCCGUGCAGGCUCCGGGCUCCCCUGCCCGGUUCUGGUUCAGCCGCUCACCUGGAGCUUCCCUUUUGGCACCACCUCUGCCCAAGUCUCGAAGCCGCGCAACUCGGGGGGCGUUGCAGCCCCGGGCGCAGGGACAUCGGGGCCUCUGACGCGCAUCUUCGACCAGGAAGGAAGAUCUUUGUACAGCUGUGGGGUCUCUGCACCAGCACCGGCUGCCGCUUCCCUGAACUGCUGUCCCGAGAUCUAGGCUGCCCCGGCUCUUCCCGUGUGUUGUUCGGCCGUGCAGCCCUGAGGCCUCCAGGGUGCAGUCACUCCCAUUGCUGCCAGGAUCCGAAACCGGGAGACUUCUCACCGGUGCGCCGGCACAUGAACUGCCAGGCACCAGCAGCUCUGUCCUCAGUGAGAAUGCAAGGACACCUUCCUUGAGGAGUGAGUACUAACUAUUGAAACCUUGGCCUAAACUGACACCCCUUCUUGGUCCAGUCCCUCUAGCGGGGGGGGGCCAGGGGAGCAGGGCAGGGGCCGUGACUCCGAGCGCGUCUCUGUGAGGUCUCCACUAAAGACUUUCUGCAGUUCUUCCGAUCGGUUUCUGUAUAUACUAAACUUGUGUCUGAAGCUUUUAUAUGUUCUGGGCGAAUUUCCGGCCCCUUCCGUGUGCGAACUUUGGUUUUAGUGCUGUGUCUCGUGAUGGCACCGAACCCUUUUUACCAGUGCAUUUGGGACAUUUGUUUUCUUCUCCUUUUGUAACUGACACAGAUACUCUUCACUUUUUUUGUCUUGUGCGGAAUCCAAGCUCCUUUUGAAACCAAAUGAACUGACCGUGAGCUGGCUUCAGGGAAGGACACCCGUGAAGCCACAGCUGGGCUGGUGAAGGGCUGGGAUGUGCCACCCUCUUAAAAUCCUCAACAGUGGUCAUCGUCCCCUGACUUUUAUUUAUUUAAACUAUUUCCCUUAAGAGUGGGAGGUGAUGCCAAGAUUAUAAAUGCAUUUAACACAAAACUGUGCCGUGUCCUCCGGCACAGUACACUUGCUUUAGAAAUGUGGUUUAGUUUUGUUGCCAUUUUAUAUAUACAUAAAUAUAGUAUUUUUGUACCUUAACACUUAAUCUUGAUGGCAUCUGUCAGAUAUUAUUAGCAAGGAUCAGAAAAAGGAAUUUUUCAGAAGUCCUUUAAUUUACCUGAUGACCUCACUGGGUACUUAAAAAAUCCAAGUGGUUGUGUAAUUUCUGGACGACAGCUUAAGCCCCAACACAAUUUACAGAAACGCAAAGCCUCGCCCAUCAAAGGUUCCGGGCCGGCCUGUCCUCCCGCUGUGGGGCGGUGCCGUGGGGCUGGCUGGCUGCGGCCCGGAGGUCCGCCCCUCGGGGCAGGGCUGCCGAGCCUGAGCACACAAGCCCCCUCGGCCUCCCUGUGUCCAGCCCUCGGUCCUCUGUGUCUGUGAGGUUUAAAAAUAAAGCUCCCAUGUCCAGCA